ACAGAUAGUACGGAAGUUUAACACAACAUAUUUGCUAUAAGUAGGGACCUUCUUGAAAUUGACGUAAAUAACUCCUCCACUCUCUGCUCAAGUGUUAAUUCCUAGGAAUUAAAAAGUAUAAAUAGCAGAAAAAUCUCCCAGAAAAACAUGUGAACACAUAGGUAAAUAUUUAUGUGAUAAGGACCUACAGUACUAUAAAUAAUUACUCCUCAAAGAAGUUUGCAUUACCUCAAAAUUCAUAACUUAAGAGACAUAAUUUCUAACCAUGGAACUGGUAUACUUAUACGGAGUAUUGACAUUCUUAUUUACAUUGCGGCAUUAUGCAAAUGCAUGCUCAUGCUUUCCAACCCAUACUCAGAACCAUUACUGUAGAGCUGAUUUUGUAAUUGUUGCCACAGUGAAAAAUGUAGAAGAAAUAUACAAUAACCAAUUCAAACAGACCAAUAAAAUUCCAGAAGGACCAGUGUAUCCAUUUCCAAUCAGGAGAAAGUUCAAGGCUAGAGUUCAUAGGUCAUUUAAGAAGAAUGGAAAUGAUACAUCAAGAGAGAUUAUAAUAAACACUCCAGGUUCUGAUGCUGCUUGUGGUGUACAGUUAGACCUCAAUAAGAAGUAUAUUAUUGGUGGUUAUAAAGUUGAAGGUGACUACUGGAUUAAUCUAUGUGGCUGGGUGCAGGAAUAUAAAACACUUAACAGGCAGCAAAUAAAAGGACUUAAAUUUUUCUAUGGAAAAAAUUGUCAGUGUAAGGUAUCUUGGUGUAAUGGUAACUUCUGUAAUUCAGGAUAUGGAAAUUCAAACAAAAACACUUGUAAAUGGGAACCACGGUGGAGUAAUGAUUGUUAUAUAAGAUAUGGAGUCUGUAGUGAAAACAGAUCUGAUGGCUCAUGUUCAUGGCGGAAAAACAGAAAAUUCAAAACAUGCCUUCAGACAAAUGAUGAAGUAUUUCCAUGGAAACAAAGGAAACCAUCAAACGCAGAAGUUUUCCCUCCACCAUCUGUACAUGAACAUGAACACAGUCCUGGUUAUGUGCCUUAAUGUAUCUCUAAGUAAAUGUGUUAUAAACCAAGAGAAAACAAAUAUCAACAGUUUUGUAUCUUUAAUAGGGCAUACUAUCAGGCAGAUGAUAUUGUUUUAUAAAAUAAUGUGAUGAAUAUGGACAGCUAAACAGAUUUCCAUUUAAUAUGACAACAAUGUUUAACUGUGUUACUUCUUAGUGACAUUUCUGCAUGACUGUAGAAAUCUCACUGAUCAAUUACUUUUUCAUAUUGAAGAAAAGUAGACUAAAGACUUAGUAUACACUUUAUAAUAAGAAUUUUUCAUGUGUGUAUAUUUUUGCUAUGUCAGAAGUUGGCACUUGAGUCCAUUAUUUUCCUCUGCAGGUAUUAAUCUGCAAUAUAUAUUGUUAUGUGAAUCUUAAAUAAUAGUCAAACAGAAUAAGCAAUACAGCAAACAUUUAAACUUCUAAUUUUAUGUGAAAACCGAAGAAUAAAAAAGCAUUUACAUUCUUAAAUAUAUUAUAACAGAACCACCUAUAGCUAAGUAAAAUUAAUGAACUUUUGUGAGCCAGCUGACAUACCCAAGCCCCAAAGAAAGGGGCUUAUAAUAACCCCGUUCACUUUCAGGUCUGAUGCCUUUCUUUUAUGAUUUUAGACUGAAAUAUUGUCUAACAAAAAUCUGUUUUCAUAUCUAUGACCGUAGACCUAGAAAUUUCAAAAUUAAAAGGGUCUUGAUUUCAUUAUAUGUCACAAAUUUCGGUCUAUAAUUAAUUAUUUUGACCUUGAACUUAGGUGUAGUGAAUUCAAAGUCAAAAGGAAUCUUCCUCUCAUUAUAUAUGUGACCAUAUAACCACGUAAAGUUGCAAUUAACAUCCAAAAUCAUUGAUUGACAGACUGACAGACAGACUUAUAUUGUAGUGAUGGGUAUAAUAAAGAGUAGAAGGAAGGCCUUUCAAGAAUGCAGCCUUUUUGUAAAAUGAAAAAUGUUAAGAAAUGAUAAGUUUGUUAUGUUUUGAUAUUUUCUUGCAGUUGUAUAUUUUUGUAAAUACACUAAUUAUAGGCAGCUAAACCAUUCAAAGGGAAGUAACUUAUAAAUUUAGUUACUUCAUUUUUAUAGAAUUUUUAAAUUCUUUACUUUUCAUACAAUAUUGUAAUAAAGUAGAAAAUAUUUGAAAACUAGCAAAAAAAUAAGUUAUCAAUUUGAGUAAUUUUCUUCAUAAAUAGAAAAAGGUAGCUAUUUUGUUUUGUUUUGGACUAUUUUUAAAAAACAUUGAAUGAUGGAAUCAAUGAAGUAACUAAAUGAAAAGUUGUAUUUUUAUGUUUUGUAUGUCUUGCUGUUGUGAAUUCUAUUUUCUGUAAUAUUCACCUUGAACUACAGAUAGCCAUAUAAAAUAAAACUCUAUAGGACAGCAAACUAUUUCAAUUUAACAUAUAUAUCUUAACAUAUCAAAUUCACACAUUGUUCACCCCUGUAAAUACAUUGUAGGUAGAUACAUUUUGUGAUUUUUUUUCAAUAAAAAUAUGUGACUAAA